AUCAAAUGAAGCUUCAAAACAUGUUACACUGAGUUAAGCAGAUUAUGAAAAUCAAAAUUAUCUUCGAAUCAUGUCAUGCUGAUUUGAGUGAACUGUGAGUAUAUAUACUGUUCUUGUCUCGAUAGACAUCGUGAAAGUGUCAUGUCUUCAGACAUUCAUUAACUUGCUUCCUUUUACUCCACAUAAUAUCAUUGCUUUUACAAUGAAGAGUUUAAACAUACUUAGUACCAUUGGUAUCACUGGCGCUAUUGCGCAAAAGUUUCCCGAUUGUGUGCAUGGUCCUGUGAGUAUCACUGUUCCAUCGAACUACAAUCUUGAAUGCGCUUUUACUUACGAAUGAUUAUCAGCUGGCCAACAAUACAGUUUGUGAUGAGACCGUUGAUCCUUAUACGAGAGCCACAGCUGUAAGUUGGUAUUUUUAACUUCUUACUACGCUUGUUACUGAUAUCUUUUAGCUAGUAUCGUUAUUUACUCUGGCAGAGAAAAUCAAUAAUACAGGAAAUACAAGUCCUGGUGUUCCAAGGAUAGGUCUCCCAGCAUAUCAAUGGUAAGUUUUAACAGUAAUCCCCAAAAUAUAUGGCUAAAGAAAGUUGUCAGGUGGAAUGAAGCUCUCCAUGGCAUAGCUUAUGGAACUCAUUUUGCAGCAGCUGGCUCCAAUUACUCUUAUGCAACAUCCUUUCCUCAACCGAUUCUAAUGGGCGCUGCAUUUGACGACGCAUUGAUCCACGAUGUAGCUUCUCAGAUUUCAACGGAAGCGCGAGCUUUUAGCAAUGCCAAUCGUUAUGGUCUCAAUUUCUGGACACCCAACAUCAAUCCCUACAAAGACCCCCGCUGGGGUCGUGGGCAGGAAACUCCUGGUGAAGACCCAUUUCACGUCUCCAGUUACGUCAAUGCUUUAGUGACUGGACUUCAAGGUGGAUUAGAUGAUCUACCAUAUAAGAAAGGGGUAGCAACCUGCAAACAUUACGCAGGAUAUGAUCUCGAGAAUGGUGGCGGCAUCCAGCGAUACGCGUUUGAUGCUAUUAUUAAUUCUCAAGAUCUGAGAGAUUAUUAUCUUCCAUCUUUUCAGCAGUGCGCUAGAGAUUCAAAUGUUCAGAGCAUUAUGUGUAGUUAUAAUGCAGUUAAUGGAGUUCCGACUUGUGCGGAUGAUUGGUUACUGCAAACGCUUUUGAGGGAGCAUUGGGGCUGGGUGGAAGAGGAUCAGUGGGUAACUAGUAAGCAACGUUCUUUUUUCUCAUAAAAUUUAUAGGCACUAAUACAUUUAGGCGACUGCGAUGCCGUUCAAAAUAUCUGGGACUCCCACAACUAUACUUCAACCCCAGAGCAAGCAGCUGCAGACGCCUUAAACGCGGGAACCGAUCUUGACUGUGGUAGUUUCUGGCCAACCUAUUUAGGCUCAGCAUACAAUCAAAGUCUAUAUAACAUAUCUACCCUUGACCGAUCACUUAUCCGAAGAUACGCAUCGCUUGUCCGGCUCGGAUAUUUUGAUCCCGCAUCUAUUCAACCUUAUCGCCAACUUGGAUGGUCUGAUGUUUCUACACCUACUGCUGAACAACUUGCACUCCAGGCGGCAGAAGAUGGUAUUGUUCUACUCAAGAAUGAUGGAAUACUUCCAUUGUUCUCGAAUAUCACAAAUGUGGCAUUGAUUGGACCAUGGGCCAAUGCUACAACACAGAUGCAGGGCAACUAUUAUGGUCAAGCUCCGUAUUUGCACUCUCCAUUGAUCGCAGUACAAAACACAGGUUUCAAUGUUACAUAUGUCCAAGGUGCAGAUAUAGAUUCCACAAAUAUCACGGAGUUUACGGCAGCUAUAGCUGCGGCAAAGAAAGCUGAUGUCAUCAUAUAUAUUGGCGGAAUUGAUAACUCUAUUGAAGCUGAAGCAAAGGUACAUAAAAAAAAGGGUAUAGACGGGUUGAUUUUGACUAACUCUUUUGAUGAUAGGACCGAAAAACCAUUGCAUGGCCCUCCACACAGCUUUCCCUCAUUAAUCAGCUCGCUAAUCUCUCUAAUCCACUCAUUAUUUCCCAAAUGGGCACCAUGAUAGAUUCCUCCUCCCUCCUGACAAACCCAGGCGUCAAUGCCCUGAUUUGGGCCGGCUACCCUGGUCAAGACGGCGGAACCGCCAUUUUCAACAUCCUAACGGGGAAAACCGCACCAGCAGGUCGUCUACCCAUUACCCAAUAUCCCAGCGAUUACGUGAACGAAGUUUCCAUGAACGAUAUGAACUUACACCCUGGCGCAAGCAACCCCGGGCGAACUUACAAAUGGUACAACGGAACCUCUAUCUUCGAUUUCGGGUUCGGAUUACACUAUACCACAUUCAACGCUAAAAUUACACCUCCCUCAUCCAACACCUUCGAAAUCUCUCAUCUCAUUUCCAACACAUCAACACACAAAGAUCUAACACCUUUCCUCACCCUCCCUAUAUCCAUCUCAAACACCGGCACCACAACAUCGGACUACGUAACUCUCCUCUUCCUCACAGGUUCCUUCGGUCCAACUCCAUAUCCUAAAAAAUCCCUAGUGGCAUACACGAGACUUCAUGAUAUUAAAGGGGGUGCGAGUUCCACCGCACAAUUAAAAUUGAAUCUUGCGAGUUUGGCGAGGGGAAAUGAGAAGGGGGAUUUGGUUUUGUAUCCGGGGGAUUAUAAGGUGCUAGUUGAUGUUGAUGGUAAGGAUGAAUGGAGUUUUACUUUGAAGGGGGAGGAAGUGGUUUUGGAUCGAUGGCCCGAGAAAAAGAAUGGGGAGUGAUUGAGAUUUGAAUAGUGUUCAGGGGUGUCAUAUGAGGGGAAAAUGUUCUGUGGAUUCGCUACUGGAGUCCUCUUUGAAAGAAUCAAAAAAGGGUAGUUUUAAAAUUCGAGUAAUGAGAAAUGAAAAAGCUUGGGAUUUGUCUGGUUCUUCAUCAUCCUCGCUUCGGCACUCUGGCGUAAAGUGUCUUG